UCGAAUUGAUUUGUAAAUAUUAUUAUUAUGUUUUCAAUAGGACAUUAUAGAAUAGGAAUAAGAAAUCAGUUCUCUUGAUGUUCUUGAGUUUUACAAUAAUCAUGUCUUUAAAGAUUUUAUAAAGUUGAAAAGGGUAUAAUAAUAUGGAGAAAGUUAGCAGUGUUAAAGAGGUAAUCGACUCACAAUUCAUAGCUGAAAAUGUUGGAUUCUUGGAGAACGACUUCGAAACAUCGUUCUCAUUACAAUUUACACUAAACACUGUAAAGGAAUAUGUAACUGAAGAAAAUUUCUACACGCCUAAAGAAACUAGAAAAACUUCUUUAUCAAAGAAAAUAAAGACUAAUGAUGUCUCUCAGGCUACAGGGUCCGUGCUGGACGCCAGUACUCGUAGCAGAGAUAGUCUGUCACAGUGUAAAACAGGUACAAAAAUAAGCAAGAACUUAAAAGACUGGGGUUUACCUCUUGCAAUUGCACAGAAGUAUGAGGAGAGACAAAUUAUUGAAAUGUUUGAUUGGCAAGUAGAAUGUUUAGGAAAUCCAAAAGUUUUGUUACAUUGUAAUAAUUUAGUGUAUUCAGCCCCAACAUCUGCUGGCAAAACUCUUGUUGCUGAGAUUUUAACUAUUAAAACUGUUCUGGAGCGACAGAAAAAAGUAAUUAUUAUAUUACCUUUUGUGUCUAUAGUAAGAGAGAAAAUGUUUUACUUGCAAGAUAUAUUGUCUAGCUCUGGCAUACGAGUGGAAGGCUUUAUGGGUUCGCAAUCACCCCCAGGUGGUUUACAGGCAGUCCAUGUUGCAAUCUGCACAAUAGAAAAAGCAAAUAGUAUAAUAAACAAGCUCUUGGAUGAUGGAAAUAUAUCAGAAUUAGGUGCUGUUGUAGUUGAUGAGCUGCAUUUAUUAGGAGACCCUCAUAGAGGAUAUAUUUUAGAGCUACUUUUAACCAAAAUUAAAUUUGUAUGUUUAAAGUUGGAUGUUUCUAUACAGAUUAUUGGUAUGUCUGCUACAUUACCUAAUUUAAAAAUAUUAGCUAAUUGGUUGGAUGCUGAGUUAUUUAUCACAGAAUUCCGACCAAUACCAUUAGAUGAAUAUUGUUUGAUUGGAACUAAACUGUUUGACAAAACUGGUAAGGUAGUCAACAUUAUGGAUAAAGAUACUGCAACUGGAGAAAGUGAUAAUGUUUUAGAAAUCUGUCUGAACACAAUAAAAGAUGGAUGUUCAGUUCUCAUUUUCUGUAUGACAAAAAAUAGAUGUGAAAAUUUAGCACAAAGCAUAGCAUCAUCAUUUUACAAACUCGGUUGUAGUGGUGUUGAUAUGGGAUUAAUUUUACGGAAACAAUUAAACACAGACAGUAUUUUGGAAGUGUUAGAACAGUUGAAAAACUGUUCAGUGGGUAUAGAUAAAAUUCUGAAGACUACUAUAUCUUUCGGUGUUGCAUAUCAUCAUGCUGGUCUUACUUUCGAUGAGAGAGAUAUAAUAGAAGGUGGAUUUAAGUCUGGGGCAAUAAGAGUUUUAGUGGCUACAUCUACAUUAAGUUCUGGCGUCAAUUUACCUGCUAGAAAAGUUAUUGUUAGAUCACCAGUUUUUCAGAGACAACCAAUAAAUAUAUUAACAUAUAAGCAGAUGAUUGGAAGAGCAGGGAGAAUGGGCAGAGAUACAAAAGGUGAAAGCAUAUUGAUAUGCACUGAAGCUGAAAAGAACAUAGGAUUUGAAUUGAUGAUGGGGGCCUUAGAUCCCGUUCUGAGUUGUAUUGAUACUGAAGACAAGUAUAUGAGAGCGGUUCUUGAAAUGAUAGCUAGUCAAGUAGUUAGUACAAAGGAUGAAUUAGAUUUGUAUUCUAAGUGCACUUUACUUUUUGUACAGCAAAACAAAUCUUUAUCUCAAAAUAUUUUAUUAAAUAGUACAUUAGAUCAAUUGGUAAAUUAUGAAUUGGUAAGGGUCCAAGCUGAUGGUGAAGAUAAUCAUUAUGCUGCUACUCCGCUGGGGAAGGCAUGUCUUUCAUCAUCAAUGGCACCUAAUGAUGGGUUGUCAUUAUUUUGUGAAUUACAAAAAGCUCGUCAAUGCUUGGUGUUGGAAACAGACCUUCAUCUUAUAUAUUUAGUAACACCAUACAGUGUGAGCAGUCAAUGGGGUAAUAUAGACUGGCUGCAUUUACUGACAUUAUGGGAAUCUUUGACAAGAUCUAUGAAAAGAGUAGGGGAAUUGGUUGGAGUACAAGAAAGCUUUAUUAUUCGAUGCCUCAGAGGUAAUAAUAAACUAAAUAAUAUACAGAAUAAAAUGAACAUUCACAAAAGAUUUUAUACAGCUCUGGCUUUACAAGAUUUAGUAAGUGAAAUACCUCUGUCAGAAGUAGCUGCUAAAUUUCAAUGUGCACGAGGAUUUUUACAAAGUCUACAACAAGCAGCAGCGACAUUUGCAGGUAUGGUUACGGCAUUUUGUCGUCAGUUGGGUUGGAAGAACAUGGAAAUGCUGAUAACUCAGUUUCAAGAUCGCUUACAUUUUGGAAUACAUUCAGAAUUAGUGGAAUUAAUGAAGUUGUCUACUUUGAAUGGCGUUAGAGCUCGGACUUUAUUUGAUUCUGGUUAUGAGACAAUUGCCAGUAUUGCGUCUGCUGGUAUUAAUGCAAUAGAAAAUGCUCUUCACAAGUCAGUACCAUUUCAGAGUUCUAAGGAAAGAGAGGGAGACUACCAUGAUGAUAUAAGGAAACGUAAUAAAAUACGAAAUAUUUGGAUUACUGGUUGUUGUGGAAUGACAGCUAAAGAAGCUGCUGAAAAUCUUAUUUUGGAAGCUAGAAAAUAUUUAAAACUUGAAAUAGGCGUCGCUGAAAUCAAAUGGGAAGAUAGUAGUAUGAAAAAAAUAAAUGUUUCCCAAACAACAGAUACAGACGAGAGGCACAAUUGUAUUGAACCAAAUCUCAGCAACAAAAUUAAACCUUUGAUAUCUGCUACGAAUGAAUAUUUAUCACAAAAACUAAAUGGUAGUAAUAAUCUGCAGGUCUCAUCGAUAAAUAUAAACGAUGAAGAUAAGCAUAGUACUACAACAUCUAAAUCAAUUGAAUUAGAAGAAAAAAACAAUGUAAAUGUAAUUUCUAAGUUAAUUAAUAAUAAUGAAAUUUUCCUAAUAAGUAACAAUGGUAAUAUUUCAGACAAUGCAAUUACAGUUAUACAGGACAUUGAGCGUUCUAAAGUGACAACAAAUUACAGUUUAUCGACGAUAGCCAAAGACGACCUUACCUGGGAUUCUCUUUAUUUUACUGAACCUGAAAAUGGCACUAAGCUACUUUCACAAAUCAAUAUACAAUCUCCUAAUUUAAGUUUUGGUGAUUCAGAAGAUAAAACUUUAAUUGCCGAAAUUGUCUCUUUAAAAAAGUCACCGGCAAAUGAUAUUAGUUUAUUUUCAUCAGACGGUGAUAACUCCAGUCUUUUUGAAGAAAGUUUACAACUUGAAUCUAUAUCAAGUAAAUUGUUUGAUAAAGAGUCAACAGAACAAAUGUCAAAAUUAAAAAAAGUAGAAACAACCUCAGAUUAUAUCAAUAUAGAAUCAAAUACUUUACUAAAUGCAUUCAAAUCGACUAUCAUUGAAAUAGAAUCAGAUGAAGAUAUAAAAUUGAUUUAUGAUGAUGAAAAUAAAAUGAGUGAAAACGAAUUAGAAGUUGCAUUCAAUGAAUCUGAAGAGGUGCCAAGUACCGUAGAAGUUAGCGAGACUUCGAUUAGAAACGUUUCUAUUACUCCAAUUAAACGGCAAGCAGACUUUAUUAGCAAUAAUAUACAACCAGCGAAGAAAUUAAAAACUGACGGCGAUAAAUGCCAUUCAAACUUCAAGAUAGAAAAUAUUUUAAACUUAUGUGCUUUAAAAUUGAGUGGCCAAUCAAUGAAGUGUACAGUUGUACUUGAAAAUUUUAAAUUUGAUUAUGUCGUAUUGAGAGGAAAGGAUAUUGUAGAUAAUGUAGAUGUCUUGACGACUUUGAAGGAUGCUUCCGUUUAUGUACGUAUUUAUGCAAACACAACUAAGAAUGAAGUGAUCGGAUCUAGGGUUUUGAAGGACCGAAAGGCUAAUGAUAAUGAUAAAGCAGUCAAUACUAUAAUACAAGAUGCACAAGUAAUAUCUAUCUGUUUUGGUCAUGAAUGUGUGUUAUUGGAUUUAACGUUUCUGGAUAAUAUGCUUAAACAAAAAUUAAGUCAUUGGUUUCAAAAUCCAUUACUCAGGUUGAAAGUUAUGUCUUUAAGACAUAUUUAUAUGCAUGUGAAAAAGUAUUUCCAUGUCGACCUUAUCUUACCCCGAGUUGAUGUUAGUUUAUUUGAAUGGCUAUCCAAUAGCGAUGAGAAGAUUCCGGACAUUAUAUACUUGACAAAGAAAUAUUGUAAUGUAGACUUGUCGAAUAUUUCAAUAAAAAUUAAUGGCAUUGAGAAGAAAUUUAAUAAGUUAGACACAUUUGAAGAGGCUUGUGUUCGCGCAUGGUGUGUGUGGACAGUUGCAGAAAAGCAGGAAAAAAUCUUACUGCAGCAGUAUGAUACAAUAAAAGAAACACUUUGCUUAGAAACACAAGUUUUAAGGAUAUUGUCAAGUUGUGAGUUUCACGGACUGACCGUGGAUAAGGAUCUUGCUUCGCAGCUGCUGAUUGAUGUAAAAAACUCUCAAGAAACACUUCAAAAGAAAGCAUAUAAAAUUAGUGGAUAUCAUUUCAAUUUUAAUUCAUCCAAAGAUGUUGCAAAGGUUCUAGGAAUAUAUAAGGGUCGUAAGGUGAGCACAAAGAAAUGCGUGCUUACAUCGCACAAUACUCCAAUAUCAAGCAUUGUAAUAUAUUGGAGGAAACUGAACUCUAUAUUGACGAAAACAUUGUACCCACUCACACAGAGAGCAUGCAUAUACAGCGCGGGCGAUAGAAUAAACCCUUCAUACACAAUGUUCACGUGUACUGGUCGAGUCAGCAUGCACGAACCGAACUUGCAGAAUGUACCGCGCACUUUCACAAUACCCGUCAAAUAUUUGGCAACAAACGAAACGAACACCGAUGACGUCAUGGAGUUCAACUGUAGGAACAUAUUCAGGGCUGCGCCAGGACAUUUGCUGGUGUCGGCUGAUUACUGUCAGUUGGAAAUGAGAAUAUUGACUCACUACAGUGGGGACCCCGUACUCAUGAACAUAAUGAAUUCAGAUGUGGACGUUUUCAAGUCGAUUGCUGCAUCUUGGAGUAAUUUGCCCGAGAAAGAGGUAGAUGAUGACCUCCGACAGAAGGCGAAACAACUUUGCUAUGGGAUAUUAUAUGGUAUGGGGAACAGGACGCUCGCGCAACACCUUGACGUGACUGAGUUAGAAGCAGCCAUGUUUAUGGACUCGUUCUACAAGACGUACCCGAGCGUGCGAGCGUUCACGCAGUCCGUUAUCAACGACUGUAGGAGGAAUGGAUACGUAAAGACUUUGAUGAAGCGCCAGAGAUUCCUACCUGAUAUCAACAGCCACUUUGUUCAUAAGAAAUCUGCAGCGGAACGUCAAGCUGUAAACACCACCAUACAAGGCUCAGCUGCUGAUAUCGCGAAAGCUGCCAUGUGCGCCAUAGACAAUAGAACUAACGGAAGUAUAACCAAGCCACGCCUUAUUCUACAAAUGCAUGAUGAACUUAUAUAUGAAGUACCCGAAUCAGCAAAGGCGUCGUUUAUCACUUUGAUAAGAGAGGUUAUGGAGCAGACAGUACAUUUAAAAGUUCCUUUACCAGUUAAAGUUAAAUGUGGAUAUACAUGGGGUUCUCUGGAGGAAGUAAAAGGAAACUAAAACAUAUUUUUGUAUGGUGUAAUAGCAUUUUAGACCGUCAUACAAUGUUAUAACACGUAUGAACUUGUAUAUGAAUUGUUAUCCUGUGAUAUUUUAAUUCCUACUCUUGUGAUAUUUUAUUGGUUUUGUCUACUAUUAUGAAUAAAGUUAUUAUGAUCUUGGAAUUUUUAUAGUUUUUAUUUGUGUAUUUCCAUAGAGCGACAAGUCUUCUCUGCACUGUUUAUUUCAAUCUCAUCCAGAUUUGUACUGUUCUUUUGAAACAUCG